AAUUUGAAGCUCCGUUUCAAAUAUCAAAUAGAGAUGUUAAUUCCAGGAAAAGCAUCGGAACCUUCCGAUCAUACGCUUUUCCCUCAACAAACUUUUAUGGUACUGGUACGUAUAUAUUGCAAUUGAAGGCGACCAGAACAAUACUGUAUACAGAUUACGAUUGAAUGGGAGGCUGUUUUUCGGACGUGAGCGGAGGAAAAGCAGCAGUCGGAGGAGUCCAUAACCUACAACAUCAAAGCGGUCCGAGUAGUAACGUCGCUGCCGCUUCCUCCUCUGGUACGGCUGAGAAUGAAGCUGUCGAUUUCUUCUUUCGUUCCAAAGGCCUUCAACCCCUCUUCACUCGAAUUGAGUUGUCUUUAUCAGCUUCAAAAUUACGCGAUCGUGACCUCAUGUCAAAGAGUGACCCUAUGGCAGUAGUAUAUGCCCAGAAAAGAAAUGGAACUCUGGAGGAACUUGGAAGAACAGAAGUGAUCAUGAACAGCUUAGAUCCCAUGUGGAUUCAGAAAAUAAAUGUUUUAUUUCACUUUGAGAUUGUUCAGCCAUUGAUCUUUCAGGUGUAUGAUGUGGAUUCAAAGUAUCAUAAUUUGUCAACAAAGGUGUUGAAACUAAAUGAACAAGAUUUUCUUGGAGAAGCCACCUGUCUUUUAUCAGAGAUCAUGACUCUUAGAAGCCGAAGUAUGACCUUAAAACUACAUGGUAAAGAAGGGCAUAUUGGGGAUUUUGGUUCAAUAACUGUUCAUGCAGAGGAAACCAUUGAUUCCAAAAUUGCUACUGAGAUGAGACUCCGAUGUUCAAACUUGGAUAACAAGGACUUGUUCUCCAAAAGUGAUCCAUUCUUAAGAAUCUCUAGAGUUGUUGAGUCUGGAAACCCUGUUCCAAUUUGCAAAACAGAAGUUGUGAACAACAAUUUGGAUCCAGUGUGGAAGCCCUUAUGUAUAACUUUGCAGCAAUAUACUAGCAAGGCGAACCCUUUAGUUAUAGAGUGUUUUGACUUCAAUAGCAGUGGCAACCAUACACUAAUUGGAAAACUUCAGACAUCAAUUGAGGGUUUGGAACUGCUUUACAAAGAAAAAAUAGGGGCAAAUUUGGUAAUUCCAUCUUCUCGUCACCAAGAACGUGAAAAGAUUCUCAAGGGCAAACUUUUUGUGGAUGGAUUUAUCGAGAAGCAAAUUUAUAGUUUUCUUGAUUAUAUUUCUAGCGGAUUUGAGCUUAACUUCAUGGUUGCUAUUGAUUUUACUGCUUCAAACGGAGAUCCUCGAAGGCCGGAUUCAUUGCAUUACAUUGAUCCUUCUGGUCGCUUAAAUGCAUAUCAGCAAGCUAUUAUGGAUGUUGGGGAAGUGAUACAAGUUUAUGAUUCAGAUAAAAAGUUUCCUGCUUGGGGUUUUGGUGGAAGAAUGUAUAAUGGCCCUGUUUCUCAUUGUUUCAACCUCAGUGGAAACACCGAGGUUGAAGGAGUACAAGGAAUAAUGGCUGCUUAUCAAAAUGCAUUGCAUACCGUGUCUCUUCAUGGGCCCACUUUAUUUGGUCAUGUAGUAAAUCAGGCUGCACAAAUUGCUGCUCAGUCCCUCUCACAAAGUUCCAGCAAGUACUUUGUGUUGCUAAUUAUAACGGAUGGAGCUCUUACUGAUUUGCAAGAAACUAAAGACGCACUCGUUAGGGCCUCUGAUCUACCCCUCUCGAUUUUAAUUGUUGGAGUGGGUAAUGCUGAUUUUGGAGCAAUGGAGAUUCUGGAUGCUGAUAAUGGACAACGAUUGGAGAGCUCAACUGGAAGAAUUGCUACUCGCGAUAUUGUUCAGUUUGUUCCCAUACGAGAUGUACAUCGUGGAGAUAUAUCCAUGGUGCAGGGUUUAUUGGAAGAGCUACCAGGGCAAUUCUUGACAUACAUGAGGAGUAAAGGUGUGAAGCCACUCAACUUUGAUGGAAACCAAGUUCCCAUUCCACCAGAUCUGUUAUUCACGUGAAAUCUUGUUAAUAUCAAACCUCUUUCGUACAGUAAACCCUAAGUAAAUGAAAGUCUCGGUUAAUAUGCAUAUUUUUAGGUACAAAACAUUGAAAAUUGUUUUGCAAUCGGUUAG